AUGGCGGAAAGUCAAGCCGCGCUUAAUGAAAGUACAGUCAGAGAUCUGGCACGAUAUGCCUUGAUCAACGAGCUCAAAAGACGACCGUUUAAGAGGGAGGAUAUUUCUAAAGCAGAACUUCUUGGCACUCACGGUCGGCAAUUCGAUAAGUUACUGGAAAAAUGCAACAUCGAGCUUACAUCGGUCUUUGGAAUGGAAUUGGUGGAAAUGCGAUCCCGUGGAUGCAAUGCGGGACAGGUGGAUCUUCAGAAUACGAUUAAGCGACACAGCAUGAAAAACUCACAAGCCAACGAAGAUGAGGACGUUCCAAUGAAAUCUCAGAAAGGGAAAAGUUCAUCGACAAAACAAUACGUGCUUCGAUCGAGCUUGAAACCCAGUUUGAUCAAGAAAAUUACACAGAUCGUCGACGACGAGAUUCCAGACAAUGAUGCCAACGAAGACGAUUGGAGCCAACCAAAUGAUUCGAUUCUAGAUUGGAAACAUGGCGACGAACUUGGUCAUAUGGGAAUCUUGGGCUUCGUCCUGGCAUUGAUCCUGAUGCAUGGGCGGGCAAUUGAUAACAGCCAACUCUUAAUCUACUUUAGACGGCUCAAAAUUGGCGAGAACUGGCAACCUCCUUCUACUCCUGCCUGUGCUCACCCACCAACCCAGCUUACACGCCUUCUGUCUGACUUCGCCAAACAAGGCUAUCUCGAACAUGUGAAGCAUGAUGGCAAAGCGGGACGAGGUGGACCAUCACAAGCAAGCAACAAUCGUCAAUCGCAAACCGGAGCCAAUGACAGCAGUCAAGAUGGCGAAUGGCAUUGGGGGGCUCGUGCGGAAAUAGAGUUCGGGGAAACGCAGAUCGCUGAAUUCAUGAGUGAUGUGUAUUGUUCUGCCCAAGGAACAGCGGCUGAUCAAACUCAGCCCGAAACUCAUGCGGCCCAACACGCACGUCAUGAAAAACUUAUCCAGGAUAUUACGAAAUCUGCCGGAAGCGCGCUGCAAGAUUCAAGUCAACUUCAUGUCCCGGGAAUCUUCAAGCCUGCUGCGGAGGCGAGUUAG